AUGAUCUCACCUCCGUUUGCCGUCCUGACCGGAUGGCGUCGGAUGCUUCAAUUUCAUAAUUUCUUGACGGCCAUUCAAGCUGCUGUCUGGGCCACCACUGGUAUUAUCCUGUUCGGACCUCCAUUUCUUCACUUUGUCUGCGGCCACCAUCACGAACAGCACCUUAUCCACUUCCUCAACAUUAUUCUUUCCAUGCUUAGCCUCAUCCGCGGCUUCUCAAUCUGGCCGGCGGCUUUUGUGGCCAACUAUGCCUACCUACUCGGAUCCCUCUUCUCUCUCGGGGACCCUCUCGGUGUGAACAACGUCGUUGCUUCCACCACGGUUGUCCGGUACUCUGACGUCACCAGUCUCACCGCAAAGCAAGCUGCCCGGGUGGUCGUCGCUAUGGCUUUCAACAGUGGACGGGCCCACAGUCUGAUUUGGCCUCCUCAAUACACUAGACCGGGCUCUAUGCUAAUGGUGGCUCUGCAAGACAACAAGCUCGGGUCUGCCCUUUUGCAUAGAGUCUACCCGGUGGUUAUGGUUGUCAUUGUCUUCCCGGCGCUACUUGUCAUGUUCUAUACUACAACGCGACAGAUUUCCCAUCGUCUGUCCAUCCAUAGACUGUGCUGUGUCUUCCGUUCGCUCGUGGCUGUUCCCACUACCACGACCUCUGUCACCGUCGUCACUGCCGUCGAUACGACAGUAAACUCAAGUGAUCCAGCCAGCUCGGGAACACCCUCAUUGCCCGAAAAUUCGGCCAAUGAAUCGGAACUGAGUCCAUCUCACGAUACAGCGCAGAUGCAUCACAACGACGACCACGAAGACCACGAAGACCACGAAGACCACGGAGACCACGGAGAAUACCAGCCACCAUCGAACCCCCAAACCCUGCUCCGUUCCUUCGGGAUAAUUAUAUUCAAGCUUCUCCAGGUUGUGUCUGGCACACUCGCCGAAGGUGCUGUGGAAACCCUCGCUCCAUUCGUGUUUGGCGCCAUCGUGAUCGUCACAUUGGCCAUGACAAUGGUGCUCUUUGGUGUCGGUCAUGUGGGCGUUGACUCUCUCGUUCAGUCAGGUGUCUUCGGUCUCACUAAGGAUGCCGUCGACACUCUGCUGGAACUCGUCAAGAUGCAGUGGCGUUUCUUGCGUCAGAUGCGUUGGUCGUGGUGGCUUGAAACAGCGGUACGGUACGAGCGCCGGUACGAGAACACAGCCCACCAUCACGUGCACGGCAACGAGGUUGCCAAUGCCCAUGCCCAUGCAGACAACCACGCUGCCCAUGAUCAUGGCCACCGUGGGUGCAUGGACACAAAUUGCCCGUUCCACAUUUAUGGCCACAGCACCCACAGCUCUGCCAAUAGCAAUACGGAACGAAACCAUGCCGACGACGGCGAGAAUGUGACCGCCGAACAGCCAAAGGAGCCUGGCCGACGUAUUAAAAAACGCCGUCAUCGUCGUCUCUGUCGUCACUUCCAUCGCCACUACCACCACCAUCACCAUCAUCACCACGGCGAAAUGCACCAGCAGGAGGAUGAUCAAGCACACGACCAAACGCGGCACCAAACACAGCACCAAACCCAUCAUCAGGCUCACCACCACCGCCAAAACACUCCCGGAUCACACAUCGUCUUGGAAAGCAGACGCGACUGGCUUCGCUGGUUCUUCGGUCGGCCUCACCGCACCGCAUCGAACGACUUCACCUGGCCAGCACCCACAAUGGCAACUGCGGCAGCUGAGGUGGCCGAAGGCUUCUUCGGACGCCCGCUGGAGGACAUGGACGGACCUCAUAACGACGCCUGGGGUAUGUUCGACCACCAAUCUCGCGAAGAACACGGGAGUUAUUCGGACCACGACCCGCGUCACCUGCCAUCCCAGUACCACCAACAAAACACCCAGCCGGACCUCUGGGCAAGUGAUCUAGAUGAUUUUCUGACGGUUGAAGCGAAUCAGCAUGCACGUGCAUUUUGCAGUCAGCAGCCCGACGACAAUUCUGAUGAAACUGACGAUGUAUCUUGGGUGAAUAUUGCCAAUGGUUCCAACGUUGACCAUUUUGAUGACAACGAUUCCGUUACUCGCGAUCCUUUCGUUCGCGACGAAGACGCUAGUGAGUAUAAUGCUGGUGGUGUCGCCCGCGACUGUGCUAAUGCCAGUCGCCUAGAUGGAUAUGAUGUUGAUGGCAACAAUUUCGAUCGCAAUUACCGCAGUCGUUACCGCCCCUGGGAUGAUUUCCCGGGUAGUGGCAAUACCUCUGACGACGGAGACGCGUUCGGCAGGACCGUGCAGGACACGAUGCUGCGGAGUGAAGUGGUUGACUCCGGAUCGGAAACAUUUGGCUCGAAUAGCAACCACCGUACGGUCAGCAACUUCAACUGGUAG